UUGUAUCUAUAUAAUUCCAACAUACAUUUAUUAUGUGCAUAAAUAACAAAGACCCAUGUUUCUCAAGCGCUACUUGCAAAUAUUACAUAUACAUUUUCACUAGUGAAAUUGAGAGUUAAUAUGGGAACAGGGUUGUUUUGUGUGGUGCUUUUAUUUGUGACAGGUUCAGGUUAUUGCUCAAGAGAAUACGGAACUGACUAUGUUGAAACAACUGAGCCUCCAGUUACUCAAAAUUAUUAUUUUAGCAAAACAGGGGAGUCUUUUUAUGAAGCAGUUCAUACAUGUCUAGAAAAAUCCAUGCAGCUGGUUUCUAUUGAUGACGCAAAGAAAAAUAGGGAGUUAGCCAAUUUAAUGAAGGAUUCGGGUGGCGUAAAUCGGUAUUGGACAUCCGGUAACAAAAUAGCAAAAAAUACGUUCUUCUGGAGUAAAGGAGAGCCUAUUGAAUACUCCAACUGGCACCCUGAUUUACCAGUAUCACAGGCAAGCUCUAAUCAAAAAUGUAUUAAAAUUGCCAAAAGCGAAGAUAAACUAUACUGGGAGCUGGCGUUCUGCAACGAGAAAAACCUGUAUAUCUGCGAAAAAACGCUGAAGGUUUCCAAAAGUGACUGUGAUGAUGUAGUAGAAAAUUUUUUGGUCCAAGGGGAUAGUCAGUCACAUUAUAAAUAUUACAUCGCUGAGGAGAUUAUAACAUAUCCCAAAGCUAUUGACAUCUGCCGAUCCAUGUGCAUGGAGCUAGUUAGUAUUGAAAGCACACAGAAAAACCAAGAUAUAUUUAAGGCAUUUGUGAACGCAAAUCUAACUAGGGUAAACGAUAUACUUUACUGGUCUUCCGGAUACCACAGAAAAAGAUUGGGUGCUUGGAAGUGGAUAAAUGGCGAAACGGCUAAAUUUUUUAGCUGGUUACCAGGUGAACCCAAUAAUAGCAGGGGAGACGAAUAUUGUAUUGAGUUCAAAAGAACUAAUACGACUAUGGUUUGGAAUGAUCAACCUUGCGAAGAAAAGAGGAUGUUUGUGUGUGAACGAUAUUUCCAUUAGCAAUCUAACGAUUUAUCAGUUUAGGACUAAAAAUAUUGUCUGAUUUAGAAUUAUGUAUAAACUAUAAUGUUCUUAAUGGUAAUAACAUAUACGUUCAGCAAUGAUCUUUGUAAAAUAAAUAAAAAUACCUAAAUUUCUGUAGAAAAAAAAAAGUCUAAAAUCUU